AUGAGGAGUGACGCGAAAGUCCACGGCGCGGUCGAGGGGCGGAUCGCGCGAGAGGCGUACGCGAACUGUCGGGUGCAUAAGAAUUGCGUCGAUGCGUUUUGCGAGUUUCGACGAUUGAGCUGGGAGCUUCGGGCGGCGCGGGAGAAGGAGACGGCGAGCGGGCGGGGGGAGAGAGUGAGCGCGGAGGAAUGGGUUCGAGCGGCGGCGGCGGAGGAGGCGGAAUGGAACGAGGCGGCGGAGGAGGAGCGAAGGAAGCAACGCGCGGCGGCGGCGAAGGAUACUCGGCGGAUGGAGCUCGCGGCGAGAAACGCGCUGACGCAGCGAGAGAUACGACGGGCGAACGCAGCGAAGCGCGAACGCCUGGAAGGAGAUUUGGGGAAACGGCAGGGUGACGCCGCGAUUUCGAAGAUUGAUACGGAGGAGGAGAAGGAGUAUCGCGCGGCGCUGGAUUUGUUCCACAAGCGGUUAGGUCUAGUGCGCUCCGUGACCAGGCGACGCGCGCUUCUCCUCUCCAGAGGUCCUACCGUGGAGGUCGAUCCGGCGACAAGUAAGGUGACACGAGUCCUGCGCGGCAAAGAUCUCCAGAAGGCUCUCCGGAGAGAGGCGCAAAAGAAGGAUUUACUCUAUCAACAGAGGCGCCAGCGCACGUUCAUCGUCCCUUACAAAGGCCCCGAUGUGGGCAACAUGUACAGAACCCCGCGUCUGCUCGAAGACGUCUGGCUGUACGAAGACGAUACUGUCGCCAAACCCAACAAGGCUGACUUGAUUCACAUAGCUGUCCAGAUGUAG